AUGUCGAUAAUACGGGAGGGCGCUCAAGACAACCCCGUUGACACGGCCGGGGAUGCUAGAGGCGAUUCCAGCGACACUUCUUCGGACAAUAUCCUCCUGGAAAAACUCGGUUACAAACCUGUUCUUCAACGGAGCUUCAAUCAAUUUCACAAUUUCGCCACCACGUUCGCUGCCCUCUACUUCAUCGGAGGCGUGCGCGUAACGUUCUCAACCGGUAUCGCAGCAGGCGGUAAUCUAGCAUACUGGACGAGUUACAUCGUGACAUGUGUCUUCACCUUCAUAACCGCCGCAGUCAUCGCCGAGAUCUGUUCUUCCUUGCCUUUAGCUGGGUCCAUUUAUCUCUGGGCUGCUGAAGCUGGCGGUCCUCGCUAUGGCAGGUUGUUUGGGUUUGUUGUUGCUUGGUGGUCUACGACUGCUUGGACGACAUUUUGCGCCAGUAACACCCAAGCAGCUGUGAACUACAUGCUCUCGGAAAUUGUCGUGUUUAACACAGACUUUCCAUCCGACUCCUCGAGCGUCAAGUUUCGAGCGGUCCAAUGGAUCCUCACCGAGAUAAUGCUCGCAUUAGCCUGCAUCUGGAACCUACUCCCCCCUCGAUACUUCAAGUGGAUCUUCGGGUUGUCGAGUGGCAUUGUUAUUCUCGACUUCGUCCUCAACUUGAUUUGGCUCCCCAUCGCUACAAGCAACACUCUUGGCUUCCGAUCAACACACGAUGCUUUCAUGACAACGUAUAACGGCACUGGAGCCCCUCCUGGUUGGAACUGGUGUCUUUCGUACCUUGCUACCGCUGGCGUCUUGAUUGGUUUUGAUGCUUCGGGCCAUGUAGCUGAAGAGACAAAGAACGCUUCAGUCGCGGCGGCAAGAGGUAUUUUCUGGAGCACUGUUAUCAGUGGCAUCGGAGGGUUUAUCGUAGUCAUUCUCUUUUUGUUCUGCGUGCCAGAUGCGAAAACACUCUUCUCUUAUGGCGGUCCUCAGCCAUUCGUCUCAGUAUAUGCUGCAAUCCUCGGUGAGGGUGGACAUAUCGUCAUGAACAUUGUUUGCAUACUCGCUCUUUGGUUUAACACGGCAAUUGCGGUUACUGCAGCUUCUCGACUGGUAUUUGCGGUGGCAAGAGAUGGAGUUCUGCCUUGGUCCAGCUGGGUCGCCAAGGUAGAAGGGGGCCAACCUCGUAACGCUGUCUACGUCGUCUGGGGUGUCGCCUCAAUCAUCACCUGCACCAUCCUCCCCUCGGCGGUAGCAUUCACCUCCCUGGUUUCCGCCGCUGGUGUGCCAUCAGCAGCUGCAUACGGUCUCAUCGCCCUUGCACGACUCUUUCUAACACCCAAGAACUUUCCCAAACCAGCAUGGAGUCUAGGGCGCCUCAGCAAGCCUUUCCAAAUUAUUGCAGUAUUUUGGAAUGGCUGGGUUGUUGCUGUCUUGUACUCGCCGUAUGUCUUCCCAGUCACGGCUGAGUCGCUGAACUAUGCACCCAUCAUCAUGGCUGGCACUACGAUCCUGGCCUUGUUAACUUGGUGGUUCACUCCAGCGGAGAAGUGGUUACCGAGCCAAAGAAUACAGCAGACUUUAGAUGCUGAUACGAGGUAA